AUGGCACAAUCCCGUAAGCGUUUCUCAUUUCGCAAAAAGAAAGAGAAUCUAAAUGAUGACCCAAAAGCUGACAAAGCUGGCGCUCCAGACAAAGCUGGCGCUUCUGGCACUGUGGGCGCUUCUGGCACUGUGGGCGCUUUUGGCAAUGUUGGUGCUUCUGGCACUGUUGGCGCUUCUGACACUUCUGACGAUGCUUCUGACGCUGCUCCUGGAAAUGCUCCUGGCAAUGCUCCUGGCAAUGCUCCUGGCAAUGCUCGUGGCAAUACUGGCGCUCCUGGAAAUGACGAUAAUUCUGACGUUUUUGACUCUUUUGACGUUUUUGACACUUCUGAAGCUUCUGACGCUCUUGACUCUUCUGGCGUUUCUGACGCUUCUGACGAUGCUGGCGCUCCUGACGAUGUUGGCGAGCAGAAUGAAUGGAGAUACCUCCCAAUGCAUGCAAAGUUGCUCGAAAACAAGAUUUAUUCGAUAGAAAGGAUUUACAGCAGGGCUUUGAACACGGCACGUAAUGACCUUUCUCUUGAACAACACCUAGAAUUUUCUGCUCGCAGUAGCUCUUUCAUGGUACAGGUCAAAAAACCACUUGCAGAACACGUCUUGAAGCAGAAUGAAUUCUUGAAAAAUGUGAAAGAUAUGGCAAUGGGCGGUUCAAGUUCCCAGUCUCUGCCAGCCUGGCUCAUUCGUGGAUUUCGUGGUAUGCAAUGGGAAUUGGUAAUUCUUGCAAGCGAAAAGCAGCCAGGCGACAACGCUACCUUCAAGAAAUUAAAAAAGGAUAUCUACAAGGAAAUAUUCGGUGACAUUCAGCUGCUCGAGCUCUAUAAUGAAGUUGUGUUGCCGGGCUUUUUCUUGAUAGCCUGUGAGAGAAAAGGAGUAUGGUCGAAACCAAGACUUCAUAGAGCAGGUAUUAUACUUGCAAUGCUGUCAGCUUUAGCGUGGCUUUUGAGGGCGAUCCCUUUCUCGGAGAGGAGAACUGCUACAGCCAUCACCUCGUCCUCCAUCUCAAUGAAUUUGCCUUACUCUACUUGGUAUGUGGUCCCUUGGAAGCACUGGACCGUACAUCAAAGGGUUUCGAUAUGCGCGAGCUCAACUAUUCUUCUUAUUUUUCUGUUAUUGUUGGUGAUCUCAAUUAUUAAACCGCACUUUUUUGCGUGGCUCUGGAGUCGCUUCAACACGGAGAGAUCUGAAGAAUAUGACAACCGUACGAAGCUUUUACAGAAAACUGAAGAAGUAUGGCCGCUUGAUAUCUCGCGCUCCGAUUUCUCUGCCGUACCGCUGAAUGUCGUCGAGUGUCAGAGGUAUCCGACGCUGAACGAAGAAAUGGAUUCAGCAUUGGAGGUCUGUAAGAAUUUACCCUGUCGCUCGGUGAAGGUCUGUCGCUUACCGGAUGAUGACACUCGAUCAAGACUCGCUCGUGGUAAAUUUAAAGAAGCCGCAGACGCUGAGUUAGGACCAUGA